UCACAUCUUAAUAGCGGCUUGCUCGAUAGUUGAAAAAUAAAAGCCGGUACAUAGUUUCCGUUUUUGGGGUGCAAUAGGUUUGUUUGCAUAUGAAAUGAGCUUUGUAAAAUAAAUCGUUUGCGCUCGUGAAGGAUAUUUUCGACGCGUUUUGGAAAUAUUUUCGGAACAAGAACAUUCUACAAACAGUUGUCCUCCAAGUAUGGAAAAGACCCAUCUUUCAAGCCCAAAUGACAUCAUAAUGACAAGCUCAACAGGAACCUACCAGCAGGGACCCCUGACUCCACCUAGAUCCAACCAUCACCACUCUUCAUCCUCUUCCUCAACCUCUCCGUCCUCUUCCUCUCCACCCCUCAAACCAAAUCAGGUCGGCCAGGUCAUCCUGUACGGUGUCCCCAUUGUAUCACUGGUCAUUGACGGCAGAGAGAGACUUUGCCUGGCACAGAUUUCCAACACACUCCUCAAGAACUACAGUUAUAAUGAGAUUCAUAAUCGUCGUGUGGCCCUGGGCAUCACAUGUGUCCAGUGCACUCCAGUUCAGUUGGAGAUUCUUCGUCGAGCUGGUGCUAUGCCCAUCUCAUCACGCCGCUGUGGUAUGAUCACCAAGCGAGAAGCUGAGCGCCUCUGCAAGUCAUUCCUCGGAGAGAAUGCACCGCCCAAACUGCCAGACAACUUUGCCUUCGAUGUGACCCACGAGUGCGCCUGGGGUUGCCGUGGCAACUUCAUCCCGGCCCGCUACAAUAGCUCCAGGGCCAAAUGCAUUAAGUGCUCCUUCUGCAACAUGUACUUCCCCAAUAAGUUCAUUUUCCAUUCUCACCGCACACCAGAGGCAAAGUACACUCAGCCAGAUGCUGCCAACUUUAACUCCUGGCGACGGCACCUUAAGCUAAGUGACAAACGACCACUUGACGAGUUAGUGUACGCAUGGGAAGAUGUUAAAGCAAUGUUUAAUGGAGGCAGCCGGAAGAGAACGCUGCCCUCUUCAGCCCACUGUUCCUCCAUGGGUUCUAUGAAAAAUCUGCCAGGUUCAGUGGUGCCUCACAUGAUUGGACCUGACUUAGGUGCUCAGAAAAGAUCUCGCUAUGAAGAGGACGAUGAUCUGGAUGGAGGCACUUCUCCUCGUAAGACACCACGAAGUUACCCUGUCAUCCCUGUCCCAAGUAAAAGCUUCAGUAUGUUGCAGAAGUUCCCUCCAACAUCCUCUUUCCCUCGCCCUACCCCUUCCCAGCAUUGGCCUCUGCCAGCAAAAAAGGAUGACAGUGAUGUUUCAGGUGGGCAGAAAGGAGCAGGGUUAUCAAGUCUUUUAUGGCCUGGUCGCAAAGACACAUUUUAUCCUCCUUUCUGCAUGUUUUGGCCACCAAGAGCAGCAGCAGGAAUCCCUGUCCCUACCUACCUCCAGCCUCAGCCCAGCGCUCUCUCCUCCCUUGCAGACAGCUCCUCCCUCAGGCAGGCUUUUUUGGACCUGUCAGACCCAAGUCAGCCAGGAACUGGCAAUGGAAACAACAUCGGCACAACCAUGGCCCCCAGUAGCGAGACCACAACACCCAGAUCUGGGCUUGACCCAGAGUGCACAACAGUAACCCCUGACCUUCGCCCUGUGACAACAGAAGGCUGGCUUAAACUCCUGGACACACCAACCUUCAAUCCAGAAAGGUCUAGCUAUGGCUCAGCCUUCCGGCCGGUCAUUAAGGAUGCCGAAAGUAUUGCCAAGCUCCAUAGCAAUGGUGUAGGUGUCACUGGGACAGCAGAUGAAGACUUUGGGGUUGUGGUUCCCGGUACAGAUCGCCACCAACGACUAUCGCCCAGCAGCAGCUGCAGUUAUGGAAGUGAAAGUGGAGUUGACGGGGAGGCAGAGGGAAUGGAGAGUGAGGAGGAAGGGGAGGUGGAUGUUGAGUCGUCUAAGCAAGAGGACAUGGAUGAGGAAGGGAGCUUCACAAACAGGCCACCACAAACUCAAACUGACUUGUUCCUCCCUGUAAUAAGUGACAAUCCUGUAGAGGAGAGGAGUAAGGAGAGGGGGAGUGUGGCUUUUUUUUCCAGCAACUCCCCUUCUUCUUCCUUGGACCCCAUCCAGCAUGAAUCUCUCAGCCUGCCUGCCUCUCCUGCUGCAGGUCUGCCUCUCUCCAGCUCCACCCCUCCCCACAGAGAGGACCCAGCUUACAAAAGUGUUACAAAAAAAAGAGAUGAAGGACUACCUGUGUAUGCCACCAAAGACAACACCAGCCUUUCUGAUGAAAGCAAAGAGCAAAACAGUUUUUUUGUACAAGAGAAGGAGACCUUGGCUCCGGACUACUGGAGAGACACAGCAGGUGAUGCAAACCACGGUGCUUCCUCCCCUGUUCAACUAAAGAAAGAUGUUGAAAGCAUGGAGAAAGAGGAGCUCCAGAAGGUUCUGCUGGAGCAAAUUGACUUCAGAAGGAGGCUUGAGCAAGAGUUUCAUGCUCUGAAGGGCACAUCCCCAUUUCCAGUUUUCCAUAAUUUCCAAGACCAGAUGAAACGAGAGCUUGCCUACAGAGAAGAGAUGGUUCAACAGUUACAGAUGAUUCCUUACGCAAACAUCAUCAGAAAAGAAAAGAUCAACACUCAUCUCAACAAGUGAAAGAAGGUGGAAUCAGCUGAGUCCCAUAUAAGAAGCUGCCUGGAUUUCUGUGAAUGAUCCCCUCAAAAAAA